GCAGGGAAAGUGCCUGCGAAGCAGAAAGUUAUCAUGUUUGUUACUAAACUUCAAUACGUUUUGUCGUCUUGCUACAGGGAAACAGACGGUAAAUGUUCAAAUUUGACAUGGUUGUGAUCAUAAAGAUGAAGGGUCUUCCAUGGGAGGCUACGGCGCGAGAAAUUAGGCAAUUUUACCGAGGGUUGGACAUAAGCGAGGAUGAUAUUCAUUUAGCUCCAAGCCAAGAAGGAAAGGCAUCUGGAUUUGCAUUUGCAUGCUUCAAAAAGGAUGAUGAAGCGAGGAAGGCUAUGUUUAGGAAUGGAAAUUACGUUGGAAAACGAUACAUCGAGCUUGUUCUAAGUAGCCAGUCGGAAAUGGAUAAGAUUUUGAGCGAGGGCGUACGAUUUCGCCGAUUUGAAGGCGAACGCCCUCCUAUCAAAGACAUCAAAUCCCAGACUGAAAUUAAGUCGAGGUCGAAUGGUUUGAAAGAGAGUUCAAGAAGUAGUCGAGAUAUUCCUCGGCGAUCAAGGAGUCGAAGUCCAAUUCGAAACAGCAGUGCGGUUGAUGGUUCUAAAAGUCAGAGGGACCAUAGUGCUUUGAGUGAGCGACGAGAAACUAAGAAGUUCAGUGAACGUAGUAGUUUGCGAAACGUAAACGUGAGAGGUGUCAAUGGACUGUCAACGAAACGAGACGAACAAGACCGGAGGGGACGGGAUAAGGAAAAGAGGAGGGAUUUUGACAAAAGUGUCGAUCGACGACGUCCGCGAAGCUACAGCAAAGAUAAGGAAGGAAAGGGAACUCAACGUGAGACCUCUUUUGCCAAUGGAAGGCGGGAAAUGACGAAUGGUUUUAGACGAGUUCUCAUGAGCAGUUUAAAUAGAAGCCGCCAUGACUCAACUAGUCGGGAUGGUUCAAAAUCCACUUGGGUUCAUAUUACUUCUCUACCUUACAGUGUAACUGAAGAUGAGAUCGUUCAGUUUUUCUCAGGGCUGAAUGUGCUAAAUGUUCAGCUUAUGUUUCACACAUCUGGACCAUAUGCUGGGAAAAAUAAUGGAGAGGCGUUUGUGGAGUUCAGGACAGUUGGGGACCGUAUACAGGGAGAAGACAGAAACCGUCAGUACCUAAAAAGAAGAUCUGUGGGUGUAAAACAAUGCAGUCUGGAAGAUGUGUUGGCUGCACUGGAGAACAGAGAUUCUUGGACACCCCAGGAACCAGCCGUAACUAGGCCCAGCUUCUCUCCAGAGAGUACAAUGUAUUCUGUAGGGAACAUGAACGGGGAAAGUCAAAAUCUUUCAGCUGCUGACAUGGGUAUGGCUAAUGUUGUGAUGAAUUCUCCAGGAAAGAUACCUAUUCCUCCCAAUGAAGUUGGUGGUAUGGAUGGGCAAGUUAAUCCACUGAACCAGCUUGCUGCAGGGGCAAAUAUAAGUAUGAAUGAUAUCCAAGCAGGCUGUGUGAUUGGCAUGCGUAAUUUACCCUCCACAGUUUCUGCUGAGGAGAUUUUGGAUUUCUUUUAUGGGUUCCCAAUUAUUCCAGACUCCAUUCGCAUUCACUACCUUGCGCCUGGCCGAUCAUCUGGGGAUGCCAUGGUUACAUUACCAACAAGUGGGGAAGCUCACAGUGCAAUUAAGCAGCUUAACAACAAGCCUGUUGGAAAACGAAAAGUUCAACUAUUUUUGGUCUAAAAGAGAGGGGAAGACGUUUCAAAGGAUAUCUUAGAAGGGAUCAUGUACACAUGUAUUUUCUUAAAUUGACUAGAUUUAGUAUUAUUUGUAAUUCACAUGUAAGUUAGUGGGUUUCAAAAGCAGAAUAAGGAACAUUUUCUCUGGAUGCCUUGUAAUAUUGGUAUGGGUUUUCAGUAGUAUGAAACAAUUUGAUGUUGGUCAUGAUAUGAAGAGUCAGUAAAUUGUACCUGAUUGGAUAGCCUGUCUAUGAAAGUUAAUUUCUGUGGAGAAAAUCAUAUAUCUUAAUCUGAAAUUUUGAUUGAGGUAGUUUUGAGAGAGACGAUUUUUUUAUUUCUAUGUGAUAUAAUGUACCAUAAAUCAUUGUAAUAGCUUCAUCUGAUCUUAAUCUGCUAGCUGGAACACAUUUUUGGUGCCUCUGGUAGUAGUACAUAGUUUGCAUGAUCAGGAUCAAGGGCUUGUUUGCUACUCAAGUUUAAAAUCCAUUGGCUUGAAAAUGAGCUUUGGGAGUUAUAACAUAAGAAGUUGGAACAGACUACACUCAAUCAAAUAUUGGCCAAGUUCAAGUAGUCUGGAUUUUUGGUAGUGUCAUGGAAAGAGGAUUUACUCAGGAGCUCUUCGUGUUUGCAUUGUGUGAGUCAACUAAAUGUUUAUUGGGUACUGUUUUUGUGAUACUUGGACAUUUAUCCAUUCAAAUGGAAGUCUGGUCAGAAUUCUUCACAACUUGGGUGGAAUUUUACCUGUACACGAGUUAGGGUGAGAGUUUUUGGCUCAUGUUGUGACAAAUUUUUUUUUUUUAUCAAGACAAGCAAUCCACACGGUUUCUCUGAUUCUUUAUACAUUUGGUAGGUUUGUGAAAAAGCAACCAGUUUAGUAGUUGCAUUUUAGAACGUUUUGUAACGAUCUUGUUUGUAUCACGGCGAAAGUUUGUUAUUAAAUAUUCAAACAAGCGA